UUUCCCGAUAAGGUUAGUGUUGUCUGGGAUUAUGCAAGCACGGAAGACGUGACAUUGCUAAAAUUCCCAAAAUACUAUAUCAAGAAGGAACGAAGAAACAGGUUUGUUAAUAAGCGAGACCCAUUAAAUAACCCACCCAAAUGAAAUGCAUAUGCAAAACGAGCGUUAAAGACGAUAUAUAACAAGUCAAUUGACCUUAACUGUCAGCAUAGCACGAGAAAAGUUUAAGCUGUCGUUGUGAAACUUUGAGGAGCACAAAGUUCAUACGAAGUUUACGACAAUGAAGAAGUCGUUCCUGUAAGUGAAUCAGUCUGUGUUUAGCCCAUACGUGGUGAGGACCGUAACAAUGGAGCAGGACUGCCAAGUCGGAAAACCCAUGCCAGAAGCUCCCUCUGAUCCCAAUCUGACAAGCCCAGACAAUCAUCAUGACGUCACUGCUAAUGGAAGAGAAGAAGUGGGAAGCGCCAAGGAGAACAGGGGGGAUUCCACACACAGGGACCAGAGCAGUGCCCAAGAGAAGCCAGUCAUGAAAACUGAGGUUCAAACCUCUUCCACAAAACUGUGCGGGUACCUGAACAAACUGGGGGGGCCCUUGAAGGCCUGGAAAGCCCGUUGGUUUGUUUUCGAAGAGAGGAAGUGCCAGCUGUAUUACUACAGAACAUCACAGGAUGCCAAUCCCUUGGGAAGCAUUGACCUGGCUAACGCUACUUUUGGCUACCCGGCUCAAGCGCAGGAAGGGACCUUUCAGAUUCAAAUCCCAGGACGGGUUGUUGUGCUGAAGGCAUUAAAUAGCCAAGCCAUGCUGUAUUGGUUGCAGCAGCUACAAAUGAAACGGUGGCAGCACAAUACCAGCCAGGUGAAAAUACCUGCAGAGCCAUCCACUACCUUCACACAGCCCUGCCAGCUGCCUUCUGCACCUCGGGAAGAAAGGACUGAGGACUUCUUCCCAGCAGUAAAGACCCCCAAGGGCCUGGUCGGGGAAGCAGCAGCCUGUCUGCCAGAUCCCUGGCAACAAAAUGCACUGCAAAAGCUCUCCCUCAAGCACCCCAUUACAGAGAUACAGAACACUGUCCUCAAUAUCUGUGGAAACAAGUCAGCUCAGGAGCUGAGGCGGAGUGUGUUCAACUUUGACGAGAUUCAGCAGCCGCAGGACAGUCCCUGUGAGGAUCCUGUGACACAGAUGCUGGGGGAAACAACAGCACUGCCUGUACCUCUGACACCCCCAGCACCUACAGUGCUUUCAGCUCCUUCCGUUUUUUCAGUUACAAACGAGCCUGCACAAGAAGCAAAGACUGAAGGGAAGAAUUCUCCGUCAAGCAGCAUGAACAAGAGGGAGAAGAAAAUGACCAGUUCUCUUCAGCUUUCUGGGGAGAAGGUGUCAGGAAAGGAGGGGAGCCCCAUGGACAAACUGUCCAGACUUCAGCAAGAGGUGUUCACACUCACUGAGGAGCUCAAGUCACAAAAGGAGCUGGUGCGACUCCUUCACAAGGCCCUGGAGGCAGCACAGCAGGAGAAGAGGACCAGCAAACAGUUCCUGGCAGCAGCAGGGGAGCAGGAGCGGCUGGAGCUGGUGCGGCACAAAGAGAGGUGCAUCGCGGACCUGGUCGGCCGCCUGGAGGCCCUGCUCAAAGACAAGAAGGAGCUGGAGCAGAGCCUGGCCAUGCAGGACUGCCAAGUGAACGAGCUGCAGCAGCAUGUGCAGCUCUUGAUGGAGAAGAACAACGCCAAGCAGGAGGUCAUCCUCAAGCUCUCAGAGCAGGUGGCCUCCUGCAUGGCUGACCCCCAGCGUACUGUAUCGAACACCAUGAGCACAGAGACCUUCUGCAGGCUGCAGGAGAAGAUUGAGCACCUUGAGGACGAUAUAGAGGCGCACAAGAUCCAAAACAAGUUCCUCAACUCUGAAAUCUACCAACUUACUAAGUUGUGGAGGAACAGUUCAGAAGAGGAGAAGGGCCUGCUGCUGAAGUGUGCCUACCUGGAGGCCAAGAACUGCCAGAUUGAGAGCAAAUACCUGAUCGUGCUGCGCAGGCUGCAGGAGAGCAAAGGGCUGGACAGCAGUCAGCAGGAGAUGGUGAAAAGGCUCAUUGAGGAUGCGCUGCAGGGAGACAAGAAGGACGUCUUUAAACUCAACCCUGUCAGUGACUACGACGACUAUGGAUUCAAGACCAUUCCUGAUUACGAAGUAGAGGACGUGAAGCUCCUGGCCAAAAUCCAGGCCCUGGAGAUCCGUUCCAACAACCUGCGCAACAACGAGAUGGUGGACAAGCCCUUGCGGACCAGGUGGGCCAACUACCUGGGCAGCUGUCCCUUUGGCAAGCUGGCUCCCUCCCCGGAACUGAAGGGCCUGAUCCGGUGCGGGAUCCCUGUGGAGUACCGGGAGCAGGUGUGGCGCUGGAUCGUGAGGACACGGACGCAGGUCUAUAGGAAGCGGAAUCCCAAUCGCUACCAGGAGCUGAUGAAGCACUGCGAGAUGUCUGAGCACCCGGCCUCGCGGCAGAUCAGGCUGGACCUGCACCGCACCCUCACCGGCAACAAGCACUUCUCCUCGCCAAACUCCGACGCAGUCCAAAAGCUGCAACGCAUUCUGCUAGCCUUCUCCUGGCAAAACCCCACCAUCGGCUACUGCCAGGGCCUCAACCGGUUGGCAGCUAUUGCACUUUUAGUUCUGAAGGAUGAAGAGGAUGCCUUCUGGGGCCUGGUGGCUGUUGUUGAAAUCAUAAUGCCACAAGACUACUACAGCAAAACUCUCACUGCUUCUCAGGCUGAUCAGAGGGUGUUCCGUGACUUUCUUGCUGAGAAGAUGCCUCGUCUGAUGGCCCACUUCAAGGAGCACAGCAUCGACCACUCCCUCAUCACCUUCAGCUGGUUCCUGGUGGUCUUCGUGGAAAGCCUGGCCAGCGACAUCCUGCUCAGAGUGUGGGAUGCUUUCCUCUAUGAGGGCACAAAGGUGAUAUUUCGCUAUGCGCUGGCCCUCUUUAAGUACAAUGAAGAGGACAUUCUAAAGAUUCACGACAAUCUGGAGAUCUACCAGUACCUCCGUUUUUUCACCAAAACUAUCUCUGAUGGCAGGAAACUAAUGAACAUAGCGUUUAAUGAUAUGAACCCCUUUCCUAUGAAGCUGCUGAAGAACAGACGAGAGUUUCACAUGGAGAGGCUGACAGCCGAGCUGAAGGAGCUGGAGAGGAUACAGGAGGAGUUUGUGAAAGAACAAGAAGUGAUGGAGCGCAAAGACAAGGACCUGGACACUUUUGUCAGCGAAGACGAGGAAGUAAUACAGACUGCAGUCAGCUUGCAUCACACUCCCUGACGUUAUUGAAAAAGUAUACAUCACUGCUACUAUUUAAACUCAUUUAUUUGCUUUAUUAUUCCCUGCUGUGGAAUAUAAUGGGGCUUACAUACUGUGUAUGUCACACACACAUCUACAAAACAUUUAUCCUCUGUCUGUUGUUAAGUAUACAGUUAUGUCACACUUACAUUUUUACAUGAACAUACUGUUGAUGUAGGUCAUGGCUCAUUUUGUAAUGGCAGGUGGUGUACUGAUGUACUUGUUUUAGAGCUAACAAAUUAAGUUUACCAGACCUGCCAAAAAGCGGAAUAUUAAUGGAGAUAGGUGUGUUGGUAAUACACACACACACACUACUUCUCUGGGUGCUUGAUUCCAAAUCCAGUUUAGGUUACACAUGAAAGGAGUAUGGUGCGUAAAGGAGUAAAGGAGCCCUCGGCGUCCACAUCACAAAACCAACACUCAGUGCAGCACAAUUGGCACCUGGCAGUCGAAAAGAAAUACAAAGAUGGAGGGGCAAACCUGUUUCUUAUCUCAUAAAACAGACUUUUACUAUAAUUGUCAUCUAUCAGUGUCUGAAUUUCUUCGAUCAGCAGUUCCAGUCCACUCGGGUCCAUUUACUAAAUGAAUUAUUUUGUAGUUUCCCAAGAAAACAAAAAUUAAUUAGAGAUCUUGAAAGUUCAUGUCUUGAAAUGUGAUUAAUUUUGGCCUGGCUAACCAAUGUCAACUUCCAAUUAUCUGAACAAUACGGAGAUUGUCCAGUUACUGUUCAGAAUGGCAGCCAGGUUCCAGGUCUUCUAAACAAGCCUAUCUCUGAAAUAAACUUCUUUUUUCAUG